AUGGCUGCGGCAAGGACAUCACUAUAUUCAACUCCAGUUAUAGACCUGACACAAAGCGACGAAGAGCAAGAUGGAUCAAGCACGCAUAUCCGAAUCCUUCGACGUCGGCCUUCGCAACCACUCACGACACGCCCGCCGCAGGAAUUCCCCGUUUCCAACCAUGGGCUCGUCCUACGAGAUAGCUUCAACUUCCCUCUGUCAAAUCAUGGAGACAUUCGCCAGCUGCAAGGGGCUAGUAAUGCAGCAAGUAGAAGAUCAACAGAGCGGCCCUUUUCAAAGGUUGCUACCAGGGCCCAGAAUGGGAGCGUUCCAAUCGCCAACACUGCCAAGAGGCGAAAGACUCAUGGCGGAAUGAUGGCUGUAGCUCCAGGCCAUAGUCUCAGCGUUGAAGACCACAGACACACUCAGCCCACUAGAUCAAAGCGCUUGGAUUCCCGUGCAACAACAGCAAUUGGCUCCCACCACCAUGCUCGUAUCGCGGAACUGGUCUUGCCGCGGCAGACACUGGACAGAUCUCGAGUUUCUUCACAACUUCAUAUCCCGUCUCACAAGCAUCGAACUCAGCCUACGGGCCAAGAUACGGAUUAUAAAACUGAUGAGCGGAUGAUUUAUGUGCUUGAGAACCAAGUUUUCAGACACAUUACAUCUGCACUGCGCAAAUUUCGUAAGACUUUGUCUAGAGCAGAACGGAAUCGGAUUGGGACAAAGACUGCGCGUAAGCUCAUAAAUAAACCCGGCUUUUUUAAAGACUUUGAAGCACAUGAAUGGAUGCUUUCAAAAGAUUAUGAGGCGAGACUGUCAGCCAGAGCUAGACGUUAUGUUGACAAGUUUGCCUCGAGGUCCAGUGCCUCAUCAGAGUCGGACAGAAACGAAUCGAGUUCUAACGAUUCCCUCGACAUUCGAGAAGCAACGUUCACCAACCAGCCCCAAGACGAGGGCCAGCUUGUAUUGGAUAACCCAGACUCCCCUGGCUCUUCAUCUGAUGAUGAACAAGUCUUUGAAAGCGCAUCAGAAUUAGAGCCAGAGCACCCUGUUUCACGAAAUAGUCGUAUAAGGCACCAUUAUUCUUCGUCUCCUACAACUCCCCUAAGCAACGAUCCUUCAGAUGGAAAAGGCCUGGUUGGUGGUGAGAAUCCUGGUGAUUCGAAAGGUCUGCAUGUUGCACCACAACAGCCUAUUAGAGAACUUAGAAGCUUUAGGCUGUCCAGACAUACCCAGCCUCCACGAAUUCAUUCGAACGACAGUAUCAGUGCAAGGGCAGUGAUUAACUCAGAGGAGGGCUUAGAGCCUCGGAAUCACAAGCCUAGUAUUUCUGCUAUUCGCGAAACCCACGCGUUACGUAUUGCUGGACUACACACUGUACCACGCCCUUACAUACGUCUCACAGACCGAGCCGACAUACGGCGGGGGUUGGAAAAAAUGCAAAAAGGUACUGGAGGGCGUCUAUCAAAGGCAGACCGCGAUUUUCUUGAAGAAUCUGUCCUACAUGUUGAUUUUUGCCCGGAAGAGGUUGAUUUUAUUUGCGAGGUUAUCAUGGUACUCAAAAGGACCAAAGAACCUGUAGACACUGACCUGAGAUCCAGGGUCGUGUCUCUUAUGGUUAACCAUGAAUCAGACAUUCCGACCAUCUGCAGAGUCAUCGAGAGCAAAGCCAGAAAACCUGGAAAAGAUUUGGGACGCCAGCUUCUUCGGCAUCGAGACACAGCCGGGAUUUGUGCCUUUCUGCAGGAUGCUGCUGCUGGUUGUGUUACUGUUAUGCCCCGACUCAUUUGCAUAGACUCGAAACCACGCCCUGGUAUAAGUUUCCCAAAACCAUCAAUAUCCAGGCUCCUCAGAGAGCGCGAGACUUGGGGGACGGCACCAUUCAGAGUUCGCCAGGGCUGGCAACCAUUUAAUGUCGAGAUUUCAAGCCAUAUAGAAGACUCACUUGUGCGUCAAAGUGAGUGGACUGAUUGUUGUGGUGAUAUUUCUGCCAUCAGCUGGACAGGUGACAAUACUUUUAUUUGUGGUGCUACGGCCCAUUCCGAUUACCAUAACAUGCAGUAUAACAAGCCUGGAAAUCUUGUUGUAGGCUCAACUUCAUUAGACACCUUGAGGGCCGUCGAUGGUCAUCGAAUCAUACGGCCUAUCGUGGACCGAGAAGAGAACGCAGAGAAUUCUUUGCAAUCUAUGCGGCAAACACAGGACCCCUGGCUUUACACUUCUGUAGUAUCCACUUCUCAGAGUGGUGAUUAUACGUUUACGGCCAGCUUUGAUGAGACCGUGAAGAUAUGGAAGGUCUCCGAGGACGGCUCCUCAAUGAACCUCUGCGGGACCUGGAAACAUGACGGCAAGGUCAACUUUGUUGUCACUUCUGAGAAUCAUGGGCGAAUAGCGACAGCUUCAGAUGUCAGCAGCAACGCUAUCAGGGUUUACUAUUUUGACGAAGAUAAUAUUUCAGAUACGUUGUAUGUGUCAUACAGUGGCGACAAAGCCCAAGAGAAAGCGCUGGAGCUUGGGACAAGUGACACUUGGGCAUACUUUCCAGCCACCAUUCGAUGGGGCAGAGCACCUUGCGUGGCCAACCUACUGCUUGUAGGAUACUCUCCACGAAGUAUCACUGAUCACGAGAAUGACAUUCCAGAGGACAAGAAAAACAGCGGCGAGCUUUGCAUAUUCAAUACUGAGAAUGGGCAACGCGUACAAAUAUCAGCUGCACGUACUCAGAAUGUUUUCGAAGUUAUUUGGCAUCCUACGCAGCCGAUUUUUCUAGCGGCCACCUCGCCUUGUGGGACAUUUGAGCCCGAGGUAAAGACGCAGAUCCGCCUCUUCGCCCUGAAUGAGUCUGGAGCGUUCCUGGAUAUCAAGGCACUUGAUUGCCCAGCUUCGGACAUUAAUGAACUCACCAUCCAACCAAACAGCCUAAUAGAAAGCUACGUCACAGCAAGCUGCACAGACGGGAAUACCUACGUUUGGGACACGGCUCAAGGUGAUGAUCCUAUUCACGUCCUUGGUCAUGGCGAUUCGCUCGAUAAUCCGCUUCACGAUCUGCCACGUGAGGUUGCAGACACUGGGGUGAAGUUUGCGUCAUGGGGUAGAACCACCGAUAGAUUUUAUACUGGCUCAUCUGAUGGGAAAGUGAAAGCCUGGGAUGUACGAGCUCCUAGGGGGCAGGCAUUUGUACGGACAGUAUUGUCGGUCUCGGGUGGUGUCUCAGCUGGAGCCUUUUCGAAGGAUUUUUCCAAGUUGCUGAUCGGUGACGCGACUGGCAAAGUCCACCUACUUGCAGUCGAUGAUUCGGAUCUCGAAGAUGAUGUAGUUUCAGGGACAACGUCUGCAAACACCUCCGCUGGUUCGCCUGCGAUGGGUCUCGAAGCCGGUUCGGCGGGCUCACUUCCUACCAGGAGGCCGAAAGUCAUAAUACCUCACCCUGAACCCUUGCCACCCGCGGCCUUUGAGCAUGGGGUAAGAGACGAGGAGCAGACUGGGCAGACCAUGGCCCGAGCCUAUCUUGAAAAAGGCCAACUAGUACUUCAUCCAGACCGUGGCAUUGGUGUCAUCCAAGGCCCAAAUUAUGCCCAAACGCUUCUAUAUAGAUAUGAGGCCCACGAGGAAAGUGAUGGAACAAGACCGCUACGACCUGAGUGGAAUGCCCGGCAGCAAUUUCAUCUGCAUAGCCAAGCUUCUCACCUGCAGCUCCCACGUCUGCCAAGCGUCGAGAGCUCUAGUUUGGGGCAACACGAGACAAAUCAAGCUCUGGACCUUGAUUUGUCACGUCUCUCCUCGUCGGUCAGGGAGGAACUCGAGCGUGAUGGCGUUGAUGGCGAUUUCUCUGAGCAGGAUCAUAGAUUCGAAUUUGAAAUGACUCCCCGGUAUGCCAUUUUCAAGGAGAAGGGGGACAAACACAAAUAUGUAAAUUAG